UAUUGUUCGCGGUUAUUAGGGAACGAAAUUUGCUGAAUCUCAAAUGCUGCCGACGUCUUGCUUUACGCUGGAGGACGAUGAAGACUUGGACUUAGAUGAGGCGUUUCUAUUCUCUACCGAGCAUCAGCUUGCUAUAGACCAGAACAAAGAAGGUAACAAAGACAGAGUGAGAGAUCAAUCAACCACAGAUUCGACGGAAAGUUGUAGAGAAAGGGCAGAAGUAUAUUUUUGUCGGACCAAUGGGUUUCAACGUUCUCUGGGUAGUUCGAAUGGGAAACAUAUGAGUUCACAAGGAGAAGCAACUUAUCCUCCUGCAAAGAGAAUGUCUAGCUGUGGUGUGAAGUCUUCCAGCGAGAAUGAAUGGCGUAGAUUUGAACAGGACAUUUCAAUUUCAUCAUCAACUGGUCGUUCUGCUCAGCUUCAUCAUCAUAGUGAAGCUAAUGAGCAAACGAGGUCGUCCGAUGUUUCACUGGUUGAUAGUUUUGUGAGAAAUGGUGAGGUGAAUGGAGACAGUAAAGCUUUGGAAAAUGGUGAUAACUCGUCUGUAUUGAGGAAAUUUCCUGGUCCUGCAGGAAUUUUCCCCAGACUGCUAUGCAUUUCACAGGGUCGCAAUUGUGAUCAGCGAGUAGUUGAAACACAUGGUGAUAAGACAUGCUCAACGUUGAAUUCACACAGAGAGGUGCUUCAUUGUUCCACUUUUUCUACUUAUGAUGCUGACUUUAAUUCUUCUUCGUGGUUGGCAAUGUGUGAGCAGUUGAAGAUUUCAAACUCUGUUUCAUCUUCAGAUUCUGCUACUAUGUCACCUUUACUUGAUUACACAGUUGCUUCAGCUCUAAAACAAGCUGCAAAUUGUGAUUUACCUUGUGGCAAAAUACCUUAUUUAAGAGUUUUUGUUAAGAGUCUGACCCAUUCUGGAACUCAGGCUAGUGCUGUCUUGAAAGAUCCAACUGGCGAGAUGAUGGGUACUAUUCAUGGCAGAGUACUGGAACAAUAUGGAUCUAGUCUGUCCAAUGGUGCUACUGUUGUUCUAAAGCAAGUCUCUGUGUUUAGUCCGUCUUGUCCAAGACACUAUCUCAACAUCACACUGCCUAAUAUCGUUCACGUAUUUCCUGCCGGUCAGUCGGUCAACUCACCUUUAGGAUACACAGCAGAGACACUGCAAAAGUGACUCUAGAUUUGAUUGGCAAACAAAACCUAAUCUAUAACAGUAAAUGCUAGUAAUGUUGCUUCUUUAGUGCAAGCAUUGAGAGAGGAGAUAGCUAUAGUCACCCUAUAUGACAUUUCGAGUAUUUAGUAGUUAGCCAGUGAGUUGAAUUGUAUUCAGUUGUUUGAUUUGAUGACGAUAUUUAUUUAUAACGAUGUAUUGAACAUUGAUAGCGUGGUGCAGUAUCAGUAUUGAAGUACUAAUAGAUAAGAAUUUCUGUAACGUGUUGUGUUAAAUGACACUGUCACAUAAUGAUA